GUCGUGCGAAUGCAGUAUAGCAAAACGAUAUCUCGUAGUUCGCAAUGCAUCAUUCCACGCAUGCGUAGAAAUCUAAAAGGCACCCCAGCUGAGUUUAGUUUACGUCCACACCCCCGAACGACGAAGACUAUGUCUGCCUAUCGAUCGUCUUGCUAAUAUUAUACUCGGGACAUUUAAUUCUACGCGAGACACCAAAGACGCCAUACUCUAAACAAAAAAUUCGAGAUCAUUCAAUAUUAUCGUCAUGUGAUAUUUAAAACAUCGUGUGUUCGUUACUUUCUUGCGAUUUAUCUUCGUUUAAUUUGUUUAUUUAACGAUGAGAGACAUUAACAAUAAGGCUCGUCUGACGAUGCAAGAUAGGAACGUUGACGUUCAAGAAGGCAUAAGAUUUCGGAGCGUUUGCAGAAGACUCUUUCAAGAGGAAGAAGAAAUAGAAGGUGGUCCAAGGCGUGAUUUAAACACUGGCAACGAAGACAACGUUGUUAAUUGUUUCUUCGAGGAGGCUCGCAAACAUCGAGAAGAGGCGAAAAAAAAAUGGAACUUCGAUUUCGAAAAGGAAAUACCUUUGGCAGGAAAUUACCAAUGGGUAAAACUCGACCGUGAUGGAAACGAAAUUCCAACGAACGCGGAAGUACGAAACAAAACUGAGAAGAUGGAAAAAAAUGAGAUGGACGAGUUGGGGCAGUUAAAGGAAGACGAGGUGAAGGAAAAUAAAAACGAAGAGAAUGAAGAGGAGGUACCUCCGGAAGGGAAAGAAGUUGAUGCGGACGAUAAAACUGAGUCGAGAAGGCAAAAAAAUCGAAGUCAUUCUCGCAUCGUCGACGUUUUAUGAUGAACUACUCAACUGCGAAAAAUGAACCACCGUGAUAUUACUCGUAUUUCUAAGAAACAGAAAGAAAAGGAAAAAACGACAAAUUGAAAAGAGAAAACAUUUCUUUUUCUAAAUUUUUAUAAUU